AUAGGGCGGCGGCGGUUACACAAAAUCAUCAUGUGACUGCAAUCCAAUUCCUUCCUCGUUUCUUCCACGAAUGACCAUAUCAAUCCAUCAAGAAUGCGGCCCCCUUUUACUAUCCAGGUCUUCCCCACCCUGCUUUUCUUUUUCCUAAUUAAACACCAAUAAAUCUUGCUUUCCCUGCUUCUCUAAGCAGAAGAGAGAUAAAAUGUUGCUCCACGCUUUACUUCUUUUUCUUGUUAUCAAUCCCUCUGCCUCAUAUGAAAUCGCCUUCAAUUACACAAGCUUCCAUGGAGCAAACUUGAGCUUAAAUGGCGUUUCAGAGAUCACACCUAGUGGAGCACUGCAAGUAACAAACCGUUCACAACAAGUAUUCGGCCAUGCUUUCUACCCCAACCUCUUGCAGCUCAAGAACUCCUCAUCAGGAAAUGCUUUUUCUUUCUCAACAGCUUUUGUAUUUGUUAUUUCUCUUCCCAUUGUCACUGCAGCCGGUGGUCUUGCAUUUGUUAUCUCUCCUUCUACUAAGCUCGAAGGAUGCCGAAGCCAAGAGUUCCUCGGACUCUUUGGCCUCACAGGCAAUGGUGACCCCAAAAACCAAGUUUUUGCAGUUGAAUUCGAUCCCUACAAGAACAUAGAUUUAGAAGACAUUGAUGAUAACCAUGUGGGCAUUGACCUGAACAGCUUGAGGUCUAAUGUAUCCACUUCUGCGGCUUAUUACACUACAAAGGAUCAUAAGACUUCCAAACAUAGUAUAAAUCUCAAGAGUGGAGACCCAAUUCUGGUAUGGAUAGAAUAUGAUGGCAUAGAGAAGUUGCUGAAUGUAACUCUAUCUCCUAUUCAAAUAGCUGGAAGAACCAGCCAACCUUUGAUUUCUUCCAAGAUUGAUCUCUCACCAAUCCUACAAGAGUUCAUGUAUGUGGGUUUCUCUGCAAGCACAGGAGAAUUUACAAGUUUCUAUUGCAUUCUGGAAUGGAGCUUUGCGAUAAAUGGGAGGGCUCGAGAUUUAGAUCUCUCUCACCUUCCUCUGUACCCGAAACCCAAAUCAUCUAGGGGGAUUUCCAUGGCUCAUAAGAUUGAGAUAAUUCUAUCUUCUAUAGUCCUAGCCAUGGCAACUAUCUCUGGGAUUGUAUACGUUGCUAAAAGGAAAAAGGAUAAGGAGACCGUCAAAGAAUGGGAGUUGGAGUAUGGGCCACAUAGGUUCUCAUACAAGGAGCUAUGUGAUGCCACCAAGAAUUUCAGAGAGGAUGGGUUGGUGGGAUCUGGAGGCUUCAGCAAGGUUUAUAGAGGAGUAAUGCCAGACUCUGGGAUGCAAAUUGCAGUGAAAUGUGAGGCAAACAAUUCCGAGGAAGGUUUACGAGGCUUCGUAUCAGAGAUCUCCACCAUUGGGAGACUACGACACAGGAACCUGUUGCCACUACUUGGAUGGUGCAAGAGAAAAACAGAGCUCUUCAUAGUGUAUGAGUACAUGCCCUAUGGUAGCCUAGACAAACACCUAUUCGAUGAAAGCACCCCAAUUUUAAGCUGGGAGCAGCGGUACCAUAUCCUCAAGGGUGUUGCCUCAGCAUUGUUCUACCUACAUGAACAAUGGGAACAUGUGGUAGUACACAGAGACGUGAAGGCUAGUAACAUUUUGUUAGACACAGAUAUGAACAGUCGAUUGGGGGACUUUGGGCUAGCACGGUUAUGUGAUCAUGGAACCAACAUGCACACGACACACGUGGUGGGAUCACUUGGCUACCUUGCACCAGAGGUGUCCUGUACUGGAAACUACACUACUUACUCUGAUGUCUUCUCGUAUGGCAUUGUGUUGCUCGAGGUGUCUUGCGGGCGUAGGCCAGUCGACAUGCGGAGGUUGCCAGAAGAAAUCAUUUUGGUGGACUGGGUGAGGAAGUGCUUUAGUAAGGGAAAGCUCUUGGAUGUUGCUGACCCUAGGCUUAAUGGGGCAUUUGUGGCUGAAGACAUGGCAAUGGUGCUAACCCUAGGAUUGCUGUGUUCUCACCGAAUGCCUGGUGCAAGGCCUAGCAUGAGGCAAGUGUGGCAUUAUUUGGAUGGUGAUAUUCCUUUCCCUAAUACAUUGCCUAAUGACAUUGUGGUGAACAUGAAUGAAAACCAUGACUGCUUUCAAGCCCUUAGUGAUGAAUUCUCUAUGAGAUCUUCUGUAGGGACUGAGUUUUUACUCUCAGGAGGCCGUUGAUGGAUCGCCCAUUUCAAUAUAAACUUACACACUCUUUCUUCUUCUAUCUCUUAUCAUUAUUGAGUGUGUAAACAGAAAUGUAAACUUCUUCUUCUAUCUUAUCAUUAUUGUGUGUAUACUAGAAAUGUUCCUAAGUAUUGAGAUUAAGCAGUUUGGAAGAAUUGGGUUCAA